CUGGGUAACCUCACCCCUUGAACUGCAAAUAAAUUGUCUUGCGCAAAGUGCAUUUUUCAAGGUUACGACAUAAUGGUCUCCCUCCCACGAAACUUUUAGUAUUUCCUCAAAACAAAAAAAAUUCAAUAAAAAUCACCGCAUUUUGCAAAUCUUAAAAUCACUUGUGAUUUAAUACUGAGGAUUUUACAGAUCAAAUUGCUAUCGUAGAAUCACUACAAUCUUUCUAAAUGAACAAGAAAACAAAAUUUCCCAAAAAUAUUGUAGGUAUAUUACGUAUAUAACUCUAGUAUAAAUGCAAACUUGAGUUCCUCCAUUUUGCAACUUAACAAAUAUUAUUAUAUUAUUAAAUUCUCGCACCCAUACAGAUUAAUGGUGCGAGAUGAUGUGGGUGGGAUGUUAAAAUACAAAAUGAAAUUAAAAUUGAACAUGUAUGCUGUGAAAAUACGCAGUUAGUUCGCGUCCUUGAUCUUCACAUUGCUAUGUGUAUAAUAAUUUAGUAAAUAUGAAAAGCGAAUCUGUGUUUUAUAUUCACAUGCUAAUUGCGUCUAAGUCUGUACCUAUACCUUCUAAAUAUGCUUAGACUUACAUAUAUGGCAAGAGAAGAGUUUUCAACUUCUAAACACGUGAGAGAAAAAAAGAAUCAUUCUCGAUUUCCUCAUCGAGAUUCAUCUCGGAAAAACUCACAGCAGAAUGUAUUAAAGAGAGAAAGAGAAAAGCUUUCGGUCUUUUCUGAUUUCAUAUCUUUCCAUUCCUUUUCCCCCGCACUCCUACUAUCAAUAAAUUAGUUUUCAAUUAAUUACACACAGUGUUGCAAGGAAGAUAUACUCAUACAUUCAUUUCAUUUAACUAAACUGGAAGUAAACGAUACACUAUAUUACAGUUCAGUAUAAACCAAUUGGAACAAUUUAAUGAAUUCCCAAAAAAACUUGAAAUUUCUCUUAAUUCUUAAAGCAUUUCCAGCGGCCAUUUUUCAAAGUUGUAUUGUAUAUAGAAGAUUUACCAAGACCUUCAAUUUAAGUCUAAUUUGAUUGAAACCGGUAAAGUGGAUUUUAUGUUAUGACGAAGAAAACUUUGUCUUGCUUAGGCUGAUUAUUAAGGAGUUAACGGAAUUUUAAAAUAGAAGAAGGCAGACAUUUUGGAUGAGGAAAUUUUAAAAUCCCUAAUUUUAAAUCCACAAAACUACAGGUAGAAAGUCUCUAACUCUUGCUGUUUCUAUUCUUUAAAUGAAAAUGUUUUAGAUAGGUACAAUAAGUGCUCCAAAUCAUUUUUUUUCAUCAAAAUUUUUACAUAGAGUUUUGUUCAAAAAGGGCUUACACAAAAUUUGAUUCUAAUCUGAAGGGGUCUGAUAAAGGAAACUAAGAUAUGAGAGAAAAAUGAAAAGUUUAUCAAGCAAAAUUGAACUGAAAACCAAAAUAGGUAAACAUAAAGUAGGCAUAAAGUAUGUGAGUUGAUCUCCCCUUUUGCAAACUGUGUAAAUAAAGUGACUCAAUUGAAAUUGUUGCAUUGCACUUGAUCUUGAUUUGCUGCAAUAUCACUUCGCAAGACGACGAGCAACGUAUCAGCGGACAGGGCAUCAAGUGCAUGGCGUUCGGUGUCAUCGUCACACAUAUCAAGUCAAAAUUGUAAAUGUAUUUUUAAUAUUUUUCAAUUUUUUUGCAAAUGCAAAUGGUCGUCUUUGGGCGUUGCAUCAACACGUGAUUUGCUAAUCACUCUCACACUUAGCAUUAGGGAGUAAUCUUGACUUAAUCUAACGUGUGACAGUUAUGUAAAAGUUAGAGAAGAUAAUAUGAAUUUGACCUUAUACAGUCUUACAAUACAUUUUUUAUUGAGCUCAAUACUUUUUUUGUAUGUAUUAUGUAUAUUUGUAUCUCAUCUCAUACCUCUUCAAACAGUAUAAAACGUGACUAAUUUUAAGAAUAAGAAUUUAGCACAGUGCAAAUAAAGAAUUUGGUUUUUUUAUCUUAUACCUAUAGAUUUUGCAUUUUCCUAAUUUUCCUGAGAGAUCGUUUUUAACAGUUAAUUUUUUUAAGCAAGAACUUUCAAUCAGAUUCAUCGUCUGCGUGAGGGGUCACAUUGAGGAAUAAAAUACACUCGCUUUCAGCAUUUUACGUUCACACUUUUGCGUCUGUCAUACAUUUGUGUAAAUAAAGUGCAUUCAGAGAUAAUGCGCAUAGAGUUGGUUCUGUCUGUAUGUAAAAACACAUAUGAGCGCGAUUGUGCUAUUAGCCAAAAUAUCACGGAAGUAGCAUUUGAAAUUAAUCACAGGUUUCACAUAGAAUAAAUACUUGUGUGAGAGAACUAUUGCAAAACAUUAAUCUUUACGCAAUGGCAAUUUAAAAUGCAUCAAAGAUCAAGCACAAAUUGUCAAAUUAAUUUCCUACCAAAACAGUAAGUAUUUAUAUCUGUCAGCUUUAUUUUUAACGUUUUUACCGUUAUUUGAAGGUGUAAAUAGUAAGAAAAAAAUCUGAGCGUAACACAGACCGCUUCUGACCCCAGGAAAAAGAUGUCUAAAAAUGUUAACUCAUCGGCUUGCAAUUCCUUUACGUUUUCAAACGAAUUCCCCUAAUAUCACUUUGAACUUUUAUUCAUACAUUGAAAGUUUGUAAAAAUAAAAAUACUAUUAUUGUUCUGGCGGUCCUACAUGAGAAUGGAGGGUUGAAAAAAAAUCUAUAUUGAACUAAAUUAUGACCUCAAUGUUUUUAAUGUUAUUUUGACUAAUUACAAUAAGCUUUGAUAAAUAGUUCCACUAAAAAUUUAUGUCUAUAUUGAUCACUUUAUUAAUAUUUUGUUUAAUUUAUAAAACCGCAAAAAAACGAAAUAUUCAAAGUAAUAAUUAAAACAUUAAAAUAUCAACAUUUUAAUCUACAAAGAUUAUCAUUCAUUUCCGAUAUUUGUUUUUAUUUUCUAUUAUAGUAUUUUAAAAUUGGAUGAUUAUUUGUUAAAAUAAAUACCCCCUGUAUGAAGGUGUAAAGGUUUACUUAUAAAUUGUAAAUGGGAUAAUAAAUAAAGGAAGAUUUGAAAUGUGCUAAUUAAAAUAUAUGUAAUUCAAUCAUAAUUUACAAAUUUAUUAAUCAUAACUCCUAUCCAUCCGUGUAUCAUCAAAUUAAAUAUGCAAACAAAAUGUGUCGAAGGAAAAAAACAGAUUAGAAAAUUGUGGCAGUUUUCACGAAAAGGCGCUGAAUUUUGCAUAAUAAUCGUACGAUGAUCUGCAGGAAAAAAAUAAAUGUGCGGAAAACCUUGAACACUUGGCAUCUAAAAAUAAAUAAUGUGCCACAAGAGAGUAUUUUCUUGUAUUUAAUGCACUCUUGACUUGCACUUGCUUUGAGAAAAUUUUCUUACCACAUAAGAAAUGAGAGUUUGGGAGUCAAGGACAUACAUCUAAUUGUAUUUCCUCGUACGGGCUAUAAAUAAAAAUUCUCACGCAAAUUUCUUUUGUUGCCCACCUAAAGUGCAUCGAAUUCGAGGAUAAAAUUAGAAAAUAUAUACGCUCCUUUUUUAAACUAAUUUUUUGGGAAUUGAUUUUUUCUGAUUUAUCUAUGAAAUACAAUUUUCUAUAAAGGUCACUUAUACAAAAAGCGAGUUGUUCUUAGUAUGGAUCUCGUGGGAAGUUUACCUGAUUAUUCAUUAGAAAUAAAUUUAAAACAAAAAUAGUUUUCUGUGCAUAAUUGGGAAGUGUGAAAAUACAUCGGAAAUCUCGCAAAGUAAUAAAUUAAAACUGUACGUACUAUUGGGAAAUUUUCAUGCGACUUUAACCUUGCACCUAAUUAUAAAGAUGCACCACACAAAUCACCAACUCGUGAAUACAUUAAGGCUUUCGGAUGUGUUAAACACAUGUAUCGAUAUGUAGUGUAGACUUGUUAUGCACACUCCUGUCUAAAAAAGUUGGGUCAUUUUUAAAGCUUUUUUGUGUAUUUUUUUUUGUUUCAAUUUUAACACUUGAAGAAACGAAAAUUAUUUAGUUAGUUAAAUUUAAUUAAAAUGUUGUUUUUAGAUUGCGAAAAAAUAUGAGACAAAAACGUUCUUGAAGAAUUAACUGAAAACGAAAAUUUUUUAAAACAAAAAUAUUAUUUUUUAUUUUGAAAAAUUAUUCUAAACAUACCUAUUGAUAAAAUAAUUUUUAACUUGUUAUAUUUUAUAAAAAAUAGAUAAGAUAUAAGACGAAAAAGUGAAAUUGGAAAAGCGUAAAAGUUUCCUGUGAAUUCGAGUAAAAUGGACGCUUCCGUGGGAAAGCGUUGUGCAAAAAGGCUUGGCGAGGGUGUGGUGGUACUGUGAGAGGGUAAGGUAUGAGCGUGCUUUUGCAAUUUUCCGGAGCGCGCCUGUAUAUGGAAAGUUCUUCCUGGUUUUUGGUCAAAAGGAAAAUGAAUUUGGGCGAUUUUCACUCUUGCGGGGCGCGAUUGUUGCCGAGACGGUGCCCAAGAGAUGCACUCGGAAUGCAACUGCGCAUACAAGCAGUGCCGCCCGGCCAAUGCAGCGUCUGUCUGUGUGCCGGAGUUGUAUGUCUGUUUGGCUGCUGCAUAACUGGGUCAGUAGAGAAAUACUCACCGUUUACAUUCGAUCAAUAUGUGCUUUCUCGCAUGCACCUAUAUACACAACAGUAGUUAACGUACAUCAUGGUGUCGAUUUUCGAAGAUUGGUCCUAUAGGCUAGGAAUAUUAUGUUUUGUAUUUCUCUUUUUCCACAUACUAUAUGCAUUUUUUUCAUGCGAUAUCGAAAUUUUCCUGCACCUUGCAAACGCGAGAGCAUAAAUGUCGACAUCCCAUCUUGUUUAAUUGUAUGUGCGGUGUGCAAAAUACAAAAGCUCAAACGAUCCUUUUGCGAUUUUCCCGCGAAGUUGCAACGAAAGCUCACGCGCGGAAGCUUCUUUAUAUGUAUGCGUGAGAACUUUUGGGAUUUGGGUGCUGUACUAUGUAGCUUAUAUGAAUGUGUCGUAUGCAGGAAAAGUGCAUACCUUGCACUCUCACUUCCUGGCACAACUACACUGCCCCUUCAAUAUGCUAAAAAAAAAUUGUGUGUAAGUUAACAAGGAAGUUCAAAAGUGAAGGAAAAGCUCUCCGGUUCUUUCGAGUAGGCCACCAUAUAGUCACACCGUUUUACUUUGUGCAGUUAAUUGGCAAAUAAAAGAAAACUUCACCAACGACACGGAGGAAAGUGCACGGACAUACUUUAUUGAUAGAGAAGAGGUGCAGUAGUAGCAUGGCCUCAGUCAAUGCCUCUGCCAUUGUCAAUUGUGCAACUACAGGCAGUGGAUGUGUGUGAAAAUCUCUUUUGCUGAGGCUUGCAAUUGCGUCACAAUUUAUAUAUAAUCGCAACAUACAUAUGUAUGUACUUACGUACAAUAUUCUACUUUGAAUCUCCUUUGAACGAUGUGCUGGCACUCUUGAGGAAGUGUGGCCUUCGCAGCAUUCGAUGACGCUCUCUCUCUGGCAAUUUUGCAAUUUAAACCAUGAACUUGUAUUACUUUUCUGAGGAAGAACUUCAUCCAGGCUUUGUAUCGUCGAUACCGCCGCCGCACGUGAUGAUGAAUGGUUCUGUGAUAGUUUCAACAAAAGGUUGUUCAAGUGCAUCUACCAUUCCGUCGUUGCAAGAAAACAUGGAGGUUUCGAGUCCUUCGCCAAGUCCAACGCCGGGUAACAGUCAUCAUCAUCAGCAGCAACAGCAGGAGUACGACGUCACGCGCAUGCGAGAGGAGGACUUUGAGCGCCUAGCUGUUUACAUUGUACCCGAUGUACCCUGCGAGCGAGGUGUCGCAAAUAGGGCCGAAAAGACCCUACCCCGUAGUUUAACGCUUAAACCAUCCUUAGUCCUUUCAACACCAAAUGUGCCGACUGAAGGUGUUUGGAGUACGGGCGUUAUACCGAGGGGAACAAGAUUUGGCCCCUUCGAAGGCAUACCUACCCCGAAUUUUCCAAGCGACAAAAGUUCAUGGCGGUACUUCUGGAGAGUGCAGGGUACAAGACAUGUUACAUAUGGGAAUAUAAAGAUAUUCAAAGAUGCCGACUUCUAUUAUCUGGAUGGAUCAGAUACAAGUCACGCGAAUUGGAUGCGAUACGUGGCGUCAGCGUAUAGCUUAACCGUUAUGAAUUUAGUAGCAUGCCAACAUCAGGAGCACAUAUAUUUUUACACAAUUCGUGAUAUCAUGCCCAAUGAGGAACUGAUGGUGUGGUAUUGUCGUGAUUUUGCCAAGAGACUGGGGUACGAUGUCGAUCCGGAGAGGGCAACGUACAGCAUUGCCAAGGAGGAGACAAUGAAGAAGGCAUACGGGGUACAAGCAACACCCGUUCAUCCGGAAGUUGCCUACAAUCACAUGAAAUUCGUCAUGGGCUUCCACAUUCCACGACGUACGCCGACACCGAGUCCGUCGCCACCACCACCCACCGCUCAGAGACAGGUCCACCAAACAGUUGUGCAUUUACGGACAGAGGGAGCGAGAGAGGCUAAUGCUGCACUUGGGAGAGACCAGUCCCCACUGCGGGAGGGGUGCAAAGAGAAAGAUGCCGAAUCACCUGUGAGUCAAGUUGGCAAGGAUACAACGUAUGAGCACCAACUUACACCGACUGAUGGAUCUGUACGAUCUGACGAAGGAUACCACAGCAAUGGGUACCACGAUGAUGGCUUUACACCGCCUGAAGACUCAAGCGACAGCGAGAGUGAAAAUAAUUACGUGUUAGACUGUUCAAAAAAGACUAUUGCACCUAAGGAGACCACCGUGAUCACACUCAAGUCCGAUGUAGCGGAUAAGAAUGAGUAUAGAAAAGUUAAGAUGAAAAUGCCACUAAAGUAUGAAUUUAAAAACAGUAAAGGUGUCAAGGUGCCACCAAAUACGGAGGUGGACAAGGAGACAGCACAGCCCAAAGAGACUGCACCUGAGAAGGCAGGUGGUAGUCCGAAGAGGGUCGUUACACCGGCGACAAGUACUGUGAUCGUCUUGGAUUCGUCGCCACAUGCCGUUGUACCUCUAAUGAAGCCCUUCUACGAAGCUGAAACCACAUCACCACCCCCACCAGCCACGUAUUUGCGAUACACACCACCUAGUUCUAGCAUUUUGGAGACAAUUCUGACCGGUAACCGGCCCGAUGAGUCUGUGAGGCGCCAACCAAAUGCCACACCACCACCGACAUCACCCACGGAGAUGGCCUAUUCUUACAAAAAGUCUCAGCGCUACGGGAAUGCAUGUAGCCCAGAUUCAAGUUCAAACCUCCAGAGUCCUAUUGCGGUGACGCAAAUAACAUCCGCUGCUCAAGCACCGAGGUUCACAACGGUUGCACAGAAAGAACCCUCACCACAACCGUCAACGCUAAUCUACUCAACAGGACAGAUACCUAUGACUACGAAUGAGAGUUCCCGAUCUCCUACUUAUACCUACGGAAUCUAUUCUGGGACUGGCAGCAAUGUCAUCACGCACACUCCUACAUCUCCAUACUCCCCACAUGAGGGACAAUACGAGCGAUUGGCAGGAAGCCAUUCCUUGACAUCUUCUCCAGGGCUCAUAACUUUACAGAAUGGCAAUCAGAUUCAACUAUCGCACCACCUUAUGACCCCACUAACUCCACUCCAACAACUCUCACCUCACCGGGUGUCGCCGCCGUGCAGCAUUAGUCCCGAUGGGAUGACAUACACGAGAAGCGGUAGCCCCCUAAGUCCUAGCUCACCUGGUUCCCGGGGCUACCGAAGCCUUCCCUACCCGCUAAAGAAGAAAGACGGCAAAAUGCACUAUGAGUGCAAUGUGUGCUGCAAGACUUUCGGACAGCUAUCCAACCUGAAGGUACACCUGAGGACGCACUCGGGCGAACGCCCUUUCAAGUGCAAUGUCUGCACAAAAUCCUUCACUCAACUGGCUCAUCUGCAGAAACACCAUCUCGUACAUACGGGCGAGAAACCCCAUCAAUGUGAUAUAUGCAAGAAACGAUUCUCCUCCACCUCCAACCUCAAGACUCACCUGCGCCUUCAUAGUGGACAGAAACCCUAUGCCUGUGAUCUCUGUCCGCAGAAAUUCACUCAAUUUGUUCACUUAAAGCUGCAUAAGAGACUCCACACCAAUGAUAGACCCUACGUCUGUCAAGGGUGCGAUAAAAAGUACAUCAGUGCGUCAGGUUUACGGACACACUGGAAGACAACGAGUUGUAAACCAAACAACAUUGAAGAGGAACUAGCACUAGCUGCUGCUGCAACGUCUGAGUGUUUCGCAGGUGGAAGUGAGAAGGACCACGGAGAGGUGGUUCAGCACGACAUGUACGAAAUGCACCAUCUGAGCAGUCACACUCAUCUGAGGCACAUUGGUCAACCACCGCCAACGCUCAUCUCCAUCGCAAGUUCACCGCACCAACAGAACCCAAUGCAGACACCUUCAAUGGCUCAAAUGCGCACUCACGUUGUACCCACGAGCAUCUCGCAGGGCUCCACGGGACCACCUGGUCAGAAGAUUGUAACCAUGUCCAAGGAUGGAGUUACACCUGUGCAAAAUGCUCAUCAAACAACACAGGGCGGUCAUUACAGCCACGCGCAAAAUGGCGACUCCCGACCCAGUGUUAUCGAGUCAAGUCAGCCACUUAUAAUUGAGUGCACAUAAUCUCAGCAAGAAGUGCGAGAUGGUAACGCAGAAGUGACUCACCCAAAAUACACAAGAAUAAAACUACUUAAUAUCAAUUGCUAAUUAGUCACAAAUACAUUGUAUUACAAAAACAAAAUGAAGGAAAAUAAACUAAUUAGGCAUAUGGAUAUAUUCUGACUGAUUAGAUUAAAAAACAUUUUAAAAAAAUCAUCUUAUUGGAAAAUUAUUAUAUUGUACAUUUAGUGACUCAUUCUUAGCAUCACCUUCUUGACUGAUAGUCGAAUCAUAAUUGUACAUAAUAUUUACGAUAUAAAAAUCAAUCUUUAUUAUGUAAUCUCACUCAACUCUCCUGCAUUAUCAAGAUGUUUAUUAAAAAAAAAAAUAACAAGAUUCAAGAAGUCUGGAUUGAAAGGUUUUACAUUCAAUUUCCAUGCAUUUAAAAGGUCAUUUUUAAUAUUGUUAGGGCUUAGAAGUCAAAUCGGGUUGACAAAGUUUGCCUAUAAAAAAAUUGUUUAAAAAAAUAAUAAUUUAUUCUGAUUUUAAAAAAAGUUUAAAAAAUUGAGUCAAAUUUGAGAUUUAAGAACUUUGCAAAGAAUAAAAUAAAAAAUUUUAGGAAAGAUUAAAAUUUUUCACAGAGUAAGGACUUUUGAGAUAUCCAAAUACAUAAUAAUCAUGAUUUAAAAUCUUUUUUAAAAAACACAUAAAAAAUGUGGUCAUUAAAAAAUGAAAGCAACAGGUUAUACACAAUAUAGCGAUAAUUCGAUUUUGUUUCAUUUAUUAAAAAAAGUAUUUUCUAAAAGCAAUUUAUUAAUAAAUUUAUUUUAAAUUGUAAUUUAUUAAACCGAAAUUAAACAUUUUAUUCGAAAAAAAAAUUUUAGACCUGAACAGAAAAUAAUAAAACAUAAUGACCUUAUUUAAUAUUAAAUCAAAUCAUAGAAAUAUAUCGAGGUUUAAAUCCUAAAUCCAGACUUCUAUGUUUCAGCAAUUUACUAAAAAGUAUAAUAAUACGACAUUAAAAAAUCAAAAGCCGGAGAAGAAUCUCAAAUCUUGAAAUUUCUAUUCUAGAUUUAUUUCAAAACACCUAGAUAUUAAAGUACUAUGCAAAGUCAUUUAAUGGUUUCCCAGAAAUAAAAAAAAACUGUAUCCUAAUUUCUCAAUUUGUGGUUUCAUUUAUAGUUGUUUUUUUAAACAAAAAGAUUUUUAAAAUGUUCCGUUGGUCACCUCCAUGUUUCCUAUAAAAUAUAAUGAUAAGAAAAUCUCCUAAUAUAAUAUCUCACUGACAUAAUAAGCGAAGAAGAAAAAAGUGUAAAUAGAUGUGAAAUGUAGAAGAAUAAAAUAAAGAAGGUUUUAUUAAAAAUAUAUGGCACACACUGUGUAUAUGUAUAGUAAUAUAUAAAUGAGAUAAAGAAGAAACUUUCUUCCAAAAAAUUAAAUAAUAAAAAUAAUAAUCUUGAUUUUGUAUUUUGAAUAUCUUCCAUCUAUUUUUUCUCUUCAGUUUUUUCAAAGAAAUUUUCUGUAACAUUGCAGAUGAUGGAGUAUUACAACAAAAACAAAUUAAAUAUAUACCUACUAAUUAAGGUGUAUAUAGUGACCCUUCAACAUUUUUAUUUAUUAAAUCUCUACCGUAUAUAUAGAUGAAUACAGAUAUAUUUAUAUGUUAUUUGUAUUUUUGCAUAAGUAAGGUUAAUAAAAAUAAAUAAACAAUAAGGCAACAUAGUGCAUAAGCAAAUGCAUGUAAUAACAUACACACACAAUAAAAUUUUAAUAAAAAAAGUAAUAUUUAAGGAAAUGAUUAAUAAACAGAAGUGUAUACAAAUAUGUAUGUAUAUAAAUCAAAUUCAUUUCCACACAAGAAAAAAAAUGAUUUUGAAAGAAAAAAUUCAAAAUAUAAAAAUUAAUUUAUAGAAGGAAGUAUGGAGUGAAAAAGAUAUAAAUAAAUACAUCAAAAAAUUAGCUGAAGAUCGGUGCUUAACCUGCAAUAUUUAGGGUUUUCUAUAAUCUAGUAAAUAUUGAACGUAGUACUUAAAAUAAAGUUAAAAAAAAAACAGAGGAAAUUUGCAUAAAAAGUUGAUGGAUAUUGUACUAUAUACUUACAUAAAAAAAAACAUUUUUGAGAAGAAACUGGUUUAUAGAAGAAAGAGGAACUUGAAGAAACUUUUCACUACAUUUUCUAUAAUAUAAAAAAUGUAUUUCUGUGGCCAAAAACAGCAGGUAAAAACAUUUUCUUAUAAAAAUUAGACAAGAUAAACAAUAUAAGCGAUCCAUAGUAAUUUCUUCUUUUUCCUAGUACUCGGCAUCUCUAUAGAGCCAUACAUAGACAAAAAAAAUUAUGUGUAUAAAACAAGAAAAAUUUUAAUAUUAAACAUAAACCAAAUUAUUAAAAUCUUCAUAGAUUUAAAUAAAAAAAGAGAAACAGAUUUAAAAAAAAAGUCUCUUAAUUAUGAGAGAGUUAAUUCAAAAUGUUCAGAGAAGGAAGAAUUUUCAAAAGAUUUGUUAAAAUCCUCUUUAAACUCUUUUUAUUAUAUUUUAUCAAGAAAACAAGGUCUUAUAAUCUUUUCUUAAAAUAAAUUGAUUGAAAUUUUUUUUUGUAAAAAUUAAAACAAAAUUAAAAUUGAAUUGAAAAAUCAGUAUAAGAAAAAUAAAAAGUAGGUACGUACCUCGAAUUAAAAAAAA